AUGAAAAAUCUUGAUCUAUUUAAUUUUAAACUCUAAGGCAUUUUUUAACACUUUGAAUAAAACCAUAAAAAGAAAACUGCAAUAUUUUGUGCUGUAGCUAGCUAAAUUUUCUUUACAGCCAUGUAUUUUUGUGUUACAUUGCUAAAAGGAGAGUACUCAUCUAUGCAAAUAAUCAAUAUGAGAAUGAUUACAGGCUUUAUAUUUAAUACUAUGUACUGCUAAACAAAUAAGAUAGAAGUUUACAGUGAUUAAUCUAAAGUUUUUAAAUUACUCACUCUUAGAGGCUUACUUGGAGGUCUAAACAUGACUUUUGUCUUUACUUGCUUUACAUUGAUGACAAUUUCUGAUGGCUCUAUCCUUGUUAAUACAAGUCCUAUUUGGACUAACUUCUUAGCUGCAAUUUUUUUGGGUGAGCAAUUAUCUAAAAAAGCUGUUGGAUUCUGUAUGCUAUCCUUUGUCGGUAUAAUAUUAGUAUGUAGACCUGCUUUUUUGUUUGGAUAGUCAGAAAGCUCUGAAGAUAAAAAUUAAUUCCUUGGAACAAUUUAUGGAUUAGCAGGAAGCUUCUUUGUUUCACUAGUUGCAAUUGUCAUUAGAAAACUUUCUAAAUACAAUUGUAAUGGGGCUAUGCAUAUGCAGUAUCAUUAUUUUAUCAGUAUAUUUUUCACUUCGAUAAUUCUGCUUACCGACAGUGAAAGACCUUUUGUAAUCACAUUCAAAUUCUGCAUUACAAUGCUUAUUUUGUCUUUUAGUGGCUUUGUAGCUUAACUUUUGUAAUCUAAAGCUCUUUCCCUUGAAAAAGCUUCUAUAAUAUCUCCUAUGAAGUAUUUACAAGUGCUUUUCUCUUUUUUAAUUGAUAUUUUUGUACUAAAAAGUGAAGUAUUUGUGACCAGUAUAGUUGGUGCUGGUUUAAUUAUUUUAGGUAGUGUAGGUAUUGUUAUAUGA